AUGCUUUUUCUUACUUGUAAUUCUCCACGCAGGAGCUUGAUAUUCUAUCCAAAUGGUAAAAAGAAUGCCAAUGCAGAUAACCACAUCUCCCUUUAUUUGGUAAUCAAAGAGACAGAAAAGCUUCCUGCUUGCUGGGAGGUUAAUGCCACUUUCAAAUUUUUUGUGUUUGAUCAUAUUCGAGACAAAUACUUGACCAUCGAAGGUUGUAAGGGUUCUAUGAAGCGAUUCCAUGCGAUAAAGACUGAAUGGGGAUUUGCUCAAUUUCUGUCCCUCGACUCUUUGAAGAAUGCAUCUACUGGAUACCUUGUUGGGGAUUCAUGCACAUUUGGGGCGGAGAUCUUUGUUGUCAAAAGCAGUUGCAAACUUGAGUGUCUUUCCAUGAUUAAGUACACUCGUAACAAUCUCAUGACCUGGAAGAUAAAAAAAAUUUUCCAAGUUAGACAAGAUAUGAAGUUGGCGCUUUAUCCAAAAGGUGAUCGGAUUCCCAAGGGUAAAUCCCUUUCCCUCUUCCUAUGUAAGAUUGUAAGCCUUGCUCCUUGCCAGAAAUUGUUUGUUCGUUUCAAGCUGCGAAUAAGGAACCAAAUUCAAGAUUCUGAUCAUGCUGAACUGAUUGGCAAGGCUUGGUUUGGUCGCUGUAGCCUCGAAUGGGGGUUUCCGAAUUUUAUAUCCCUGCAGGAUCUCGAGAAAUCAGUGAAAGGCCUUAUCAUGAAUGAUUGUUUGAUGGUUGAAGCGGAAAUUCUUUACAUGUCUGAUGUUAAGAGUCUGCCAAAUGUUGUGACUCAUAGCUUAGCAAAGCACUCCUUACAAGAGCCUAAUUUAAAGGUGUGGAUAGAAGAGAUUCCAUCACCAACCCAUUUGUUUUUGGAGAUCGAUCAAAAAAAUUGGAUGGAAGAGCAAGUAAGGAGGAAUUCAGGGGUUGAAGUGGCUUUUUGCUGGAUUUGCUCACCGCGAGAAAACAAAUCUAACCAUGACCACCGCUCGUUAGCUAUGCUCUCGAUGAAUUCGGAUUCUCAAUCCGCCAUUGAUUAUGUGUAUAUCGCUUAG